GACAUUCGCGUUUGUAGGGCUGGCCCCACUGUUGCGGUCCAGCCAAAAAUACUGAGGAUAUUCGUUGCAGACCACUGUAAGAUUCUUCAGAAAGCAAUAGCUUAAAUCAUUACUUCGGUCUCGUUUGCGGUGCCUGAUUGAUUGUUUGCUUCCGUUUCAGUAACCAAACCCUGGUGUGCGCAUGCGGGCUGUUACAAGCGUAAACGGUGGUCACACAGGUAUUGGCACUGGGUCACCUUUCAAAGUAGGCGUAAACAGGCGGUUUAAAUAAUCACGUAUAGGCAAGACAUCGGAACUGGGCCCUCAAGACCUGCGGUGUAAACGUAGCCUAAGUGCCUUAUUUAGGCCACCAAACUAACCGUUUUAAAAUUGAAAGUGCAUUGCCUGGAUCAGGAUUAAGUCACUUGCUUCCUGCUGAAAUGUCUACAUAAACUGUUAUGUAAUUGUUUAGCGAGCUCCUAAUUACUAGUUAUAAUAAUCCGGUUUCGCCCCCAUCCCCUUCUCCAAUUACUCAGAGCCUCAGAGCGUGUUGUAACGAGACGAUAAAUUAAAUAUAACUCAAUACCGAACAACAUUAAAAAACGGUAAUUUCUGAAAAAAGCUAAUUUCUUCUGACUUUUAAUCAGGCCAAGCUUAAGAACCCGAAGACUGAUACGAAAGCACAUUCAACAUGCAUAAAUUAAUAACGAAAGGCUCAAAUUAACGAAGAAUCUUUGAUGUCCGUUCUGAAGAAACCAGGAAUGGUGUGAAACGGAAGGAGAUUAAAAAAAGAAACGUUUUUUAAAAAAAAAAAUUUUUAAAUGAUGAUUUAUAGAUUUAAGGAAAGAACUCUUGGCCAGGAAAGCUUGCGUUCGACUGUGUGACUGAUUCAUUCCACACCAGCGCACAGUUCAUUCUCGGGAAAGGAGGAGCGAGAUCGGGUGUUAAGUAAAAGUGCUGGUUCUCCGCUGCCAUGACGACCUUGGCCACUCCCUUCAUGUUGCUGUCUGUGUUGCUCCGAUUGGCUGAUGCAGCGUUCCCCGAGGAACCAGGGCCGCUAAGCUCCACCCCCACGGAAGUGGUCAGACGCUACCCUGUGUUCCUGGGUCGGGCCCACCAUUCGUCGAUGAAACAGGAGCCCCUCCACAUUCAGAGAAUCCUCAAGGUCAACCGAACCCUGUACAUCGGAGCCAGAGACGACCUUUACCGCGUGGAGCUGGACAAUGUUGCGGGAGAGGAGAUGUUCUACAGCAAGAAACGGACCUGGGAAUCGAAUAAGAACGACAUCCGGAUCUGCAGGAUGAAGGGGAAGCGAGAGGACGAGUGUCGGAACUUCAUGAAGGUUCUCCUGAGCCGACGGGGCGGCCUGUUUGUGUGCGGAACGAACGCCUUCAACCCGCUGUGCGCCAACUACACCGGAGACACACUGGAGAUGGUGGGAGAGGCGGUCAGUGGGAUGGCACGAUGCCCUUAUGAUCCCAAACAUGCGAAUGUGGCCCUGUUUGCAGAGGGAAACCUGUUCACGGCGACGGUGACGGACUUCCUGGCCAUCGACGCGGUGAUCUAUCGAAGCCUCGGGGACUACCCGGCCCUCCGCACCAUCAAGCACGACUCCAAGUGGUUCAGAGAGCCUUACUUUGUCAGUGCCGUGGAAUGGGGUCCGCACAUAUACUUCUUCUUCAGAGAGAUGGCCAUGGAGUUCAACUACCUGGAGAAGGUGAUGGUGUCGCGGGUGGCGCGCGUGUGUAAGCGGGACCUGGGCGGGUCGCAGCGGGUGCUGGAGAAGCAGUGGACCUCCUUCCUGAAGGCGCGGCUCAACUGCUCCGUGCCGGGCGACUCCCACUUCUACUUCAACCAGCUGCACUCCACCAGCCCCGUCCUGCGCCUGCACGGCCGCGACAUCAUCCUGGGGGUGUUCUCCACCCCCGCCAACAGCAUCCCCGGGUCGGCCGUGUGCGCCUUCGACAUGGAGCAGCUGGCCGGAGUCUUCGAGGGGAGGUUCAAAGAGCAGAAGUCCCCCGAAUCGAUCUGGACCCCCGUCCCGGACGAGGUCAUCCCCAAACCCAGGCCAGGCGGCUGUGCCUCCCAGGGCUCCGGGUUCAACUCCUCCAACGCCUUCCCGGACGAGAUGCUGAAUUUCGUGAAGACGCACCCCCUGAUGGACGAGGCCGUACCUUCUUUGGGGCAGAGGCCCUGGAUUGUGAGAACAAUGGUCAGGUACCAGCUGAAUAAGAUGGUGGUGGACACGGAGGCGGGGCCCUACAGGAACCGCACCGUUCUGUUCCUGGGCUCCAGCCGGGGGACCGUCCUCAAAUUCCUCAUCGUCCCCAACAGGGACAACACCGUGUCCAACGGCAACGUCUUCCUGGAGGAGCUGGAAGGUUACAACCCUGACAAGUGCGGGCAGAGCACUCCCCAGGCUCGGCAGCUGCUGUCCCUGGUUUUGGACCGGCCCAGCCACACCCUGCUGCUGGCCUUCCCGUCCUGCGUGGUGCGCGUGCCCGUCGCUCGCUGCCAGCUCUUCUCCGGCUGCAUGAAGAACUGCAUCGCGUCCCGGGACCCGUACUGCGGGUGGACUCGAGGGAGCACCUGCUCGUUCCUCCGGCCCGGGACAAGGUUGCCGUUCGAGCAGGACGUGGAGCACGGGAACACCUCUCACCUGGGGGACUGCGACGGUCUGCUGCAGGAGACCUUUAUUGAGGAGCCGGACGGCCUGGUGUCGGUGAACCUGCUGGUGCUGUCCGCAGUUUCGGCCUUCGCCACCGGGGCGGCGCUGUCGGGCCUGGUGGUGUGCUGGAUCAUGGGCCACAAGCACCGGCACCGCUCCCGCAGCGGGACGGCCGUCCCCGGCGGGCGCCGCAAGGGGGACAAGGAGCAGAGCAUGCUGGGACAGGGCGGGGGCGGGUCGGUGAUGAGCGUGAGCCGGUCCGGGGGGGGCAGCGAGGGGCGGCGUUCGCAGACGGAGACGCUGUUCGUCAUGCCCAACGGCUGGGCCCGCGGGGAGCUGGACCUGCUGCCCACCCCCGAGCAGACCCCCCUGCAGCAGAAGCGGCCCCCCCCGGGGCUGCGCCUGACCGACUCCGGCUGGGACCAGAGCCAGACCUUCCUCAACACGGCCGGGGCGCCCUGCCCCCAGAACCCCCACCCCUCCUCCGUCAUCUACCUGAGCUCCAAGCUCCUGCAGGGCGGGGGCGGGGGCGGGGGAGGAGGAGGGGGGGGGCGGAGGGAGGAGCCGGGCGACCCCACCCAAACCGCCGAGCGGCAGCACUACCUCUCCCUGGCCGGCCACCACCACCGGGGGGAGGGGCAGGGAGGCGGGCGGGCGGGCGGGGCCCUGCGGAACUCUGCGGGGGAGUACGCGUACCCCGCCACGCCCCAGGAGUCCCCCGACCGCAGGCGGGCCGUCUCGGCCCCCAACACCCAGCUGGACUUCGGGGAGCCCCUCCACUGGGGCCCUGAGGCCUUCAACUUCAACAGCAACAACGCGGCCCCGCCCCCCCCCGCGGCCCUCUGCCACUGCCCCGCCCAGCGGCCCCACUCGGGCCUGGCCCGGCCCGGCCUCCACGGCGCCCCCCGGGGGCUGGGCGACAUGGCCGACUACAGCCGUCUGCUCGUCAAGGGCGCGGCCGAGCGGACAACCACCAGCCAAUGAGGGAGCAGGAAAACAAAAAAAAAGAGAAAAAAACAGGGGCUCCUCCUCUUUUUGAAGUCAUAAAGCCCCAACCCCUUCCUCCCAUGACCCCGCCCCCCUCACACACACACACACACACACUUGUGUCUCCCUGACAACUGGAACUUCCCCGAGACUCCGCCUCCCCCUCCCCGUUUGUCCUCUCUCGCUGUCGUUCGGUGUUCUCGCGUCACCACGGCAACUGUGACUGUAACUAAGAGACCUGUGUGUGAUGGAGGGGAGAGCAGGGAAGGGUGGAGAAAAAAAAUACGCUAGAAAAUAUAUUUUAUUACAAAAGUACAAAAAUUACAAUAUACCUCCCGGAAUAAAUGUAUCGUUAAAGUUCAAUCGAAAAACGGUGGGGUCGUGAGGACAGGUUGCCGGUGGCGCAGAGGGUGCACAGAGCCCGUGAAGUACGUACAUGCCAACGCACAUCCAGCGCACGUGCAUUUGAGGCACUGCCCCGACCACGCAGAGGGGAGCCCGUGGACCAGGGGGUGCCCGUGUGACCUUGUCUCUAGUUUGGGGAGUUGCGUUGCUUCGUACCAUGUGCUGCUGGUGUUGGGUGGGCGGGGGUGGGGGGUGGAGUGUUUUGGGGGUGAGCCUGGAGGAGGGCGACGCAAAAAGACCUCCCCACUGGCGCCGGGCCUGGCGGACCGCACCGCGGACGCGAAACGUCGUCCUGCUUAGCUCUCACGCCAUUGGCUGGAGGACGCGUCACUCGCACACGCUCUCCCGGAUUUACCAGCAGGCCCCGCCUCCUCCUGUCUCAGCAUAUAAGGAGCAGCGGAGAACUCGACUGACGAGCGGCUGACUGGCUGCGGGAAGAACGGGGACGACGAAAAUGCGCCCAGACUUCCUGUCUUUAUGUGAACAUGGAGCUACAGUGCACUCAUGUAUACACACACACACACACACACACACACACACACACGGACGCACA